GUCUGAUGUUAGAGCCGUGAUCACCCAGUCCGUUCUGUCACUGCCUGCUGCUGACACGUUGUGCUCUGUUUGUGCCAUCAUACAUUAUGGCCGCACUGAUCAAAGGCAGCAAAGAUUUAGUAUAUAAAUCGGGCAUAGUUCUAAAAACUAGUGAAUAGAUUUUAUUUUCUAUGUUCGUUCCGUAUAGUAUGCCCGGCCGAAUAUGUCCAACGACGAUAAGGGAUGGGAAGUUACCACUCCAGAGGCCCUUGAAGCUGUGCGUCUACGCUAACUUUUAAUAAGCUGGAUGUGAUGGCCACAACAGAACACUUUCCCAUGAAAAUGUCUGACAUGCAAACGAAAAAACGCCACGACGGCUACAACCCGUUCGACGUGGACGAGAAGGGCAGCUCCCUCGGUUCCUCGGGGAUGAGCGAGGAGAGCGACAGCGGCGUCAUGGCCUUCCUCAGGAGGUUCUGCGGAUGUCUGUGCCCUCGGCCGGAACACCCUCUCCUCUCCAGCAGCGUCACUCACAGGAAAAUAUCACGAGUGGCUUCCACCGACUCCUUGACCAAGGAGGGCAUAGGCAUCUUAGAGAGGCCUCCAGCUUCUCGCCCGACGCCUCAGGAGCAGCUCGCCCAGGCCCGCGCCCAGCAUCGCCUCUACUCCGCCCUCACGCCCACCGCCUUUGCUCAGGCGCCUUAUCGGGAAUCUGACUCUCAGAAACCGUCAUGGCCGGCGCUGCCUCCCGUCGCCCCUCCGAGGAGGAGCCACGCUCCCCAGGCGGCCUCCAGCCCCGCCUCCAGGCCCUUGCCCGACGCCCUCGCCUUCCACGCCCAUCCUAACCCGCUCAUUUCCAACGCAUACAUCUCCCGCUCCACCCUCUCCCUCGACACGGACUGCCAGCUCGCCACGCCCCCUGCCCUGACCCCGAUGGGCAGCCCCAGGCUGGAGAGGGCGUCGUCGCUGCAGGGCGUGGCCAACGUGUCCGCGUCCAACUACUCCACGCCCGCGGGAGAGUCGCCGGCCACGACGCCCACGACGCCGCGGACGAAGAUGGCCAACUGGUCGGCUGUGAUCUCGGGCCUCAACCACCUGAUGAAGAGCAAGGCAGAGCACCCGCAGUCCUUCAGCCUGCAAGACGAGGAGCAGCACAAGAGCAGCGAUGACGAGGCCGAGGACAUCCCUGAGCCGGCGUGCGUGAGGCCGGUCGCUGGGGGCGUCGCCGACCCUGCCAAGGAGUGCUACGGCGCCGUCACGCUCAAGGUCCUCAGCCGGCAGGGGAGAUGGGUUCGCGUGCUAGUGUGUGGCUUGUCUGGUCUCCCCUGGGUGGGCGGGUCGGGCGGCCUCAUGCUGGAAGUCAACAUAGAACCUGGAGGGCGCCCGCGUUGGCUGGUGCUGCCUCACGCCCACGGUCCCAACGUUAAUGUCAAACUAGAGGCAGUUGUCAAACAGCCCAGGGAGAUCAAGACCAAGAAGAAAUUCCUCGUCAAGGUGGGCGUGUGGGUGUGCGGGCGUGUGUGGCGUCACGCGGCUUUAGGUCACGCUAUCACGCCCCUCAGGGAGCCCGGCAAUCCUGUCACUGCCCAGCUGCUCCAUCACACGCAGCUGACGGAGGACCUCGGGCUGGUCGAAGUGAGCCUGAGGUGCGACUACUCCGACGACCUCAUGAAGCAGGUGGUGGGCACGUCCAUGGCCGAGGUCAUCCUUACCCUCGAAGUCCUCAGAGCUAAGAACCUGCGCCCUUUCAACCCGGGAUUGCUGUCCAAGGCUAAGCACUCCAAAAAGAAGGAGCACGCGGAGGUGGUAUGUCGGGUUGGGUUGUGGGUGAAGGGCGAGAGGAUCGAGAGAAAGUCGUCCACGCCAGGUCAAACUCCCAGUCACUCACGAUCCAGUCAUUCGUAACCGUUCUGUGUUCAACAUUCCUCGGGAUCAUCUUCAGAACGCUGCUCUCAUCGUCAAGGUCCUGUACACCUCGAAGUGGGCGGGCGAGGACACGGUGGGUCGCGUGAAGCUGGGUCCUCUCCUGUACUUGGGGACGUCGCCCGACCAAGCGUCCAUCAACCCUCAGCCGGACUACAACACGUCCAUCACGCUCUCCCACUGGGGCCAGGCUCUCAAGACUCCGGGGCCGGUUACCAUGUGGCACCACUUGCAGUUGUGAUUCCUUUAUACAGGUCGUAGCAUUAUUAGAGUAUCGAGUUGUUACAAGCAAAUGGUGCAGUGUCCUAGAGCGCUAAAGUCUCAGGGCACCAAACAAAUUCUGAGCAAUAUAGUCAGAGUUACAGGCUCAGUUAUCUUAUUAAAGUGGUCAGAGAACAUAUAACAGAGGCUGACGUGUGCAUCCGUUGGCAUUUUGCAGUUGUCCAAAUAAUCUGGUGUAAUUGUCUUACCAUAUAUUAUUAGCGCAUGUAUAUAUAUCUUGCUUUGAGUACGUUUGAUAGCUUGUAUAUUAUUACUACUCUCAGUGUUAAAGAUCCUGGAUAGGAGAACAAAUAUUUAGCUUUAAAGUGAGUGAAAGGACUUCGGUUGUAAGAACUGGAGUACUAUAUAAAUUGAUGAGUGUCGUAUUGCAUAUAAUUUUAUCUCAGGUUAUGGUUGUUAUAACCUAUCAACAUGUUAUAUUUUAAAGAAAUAUAUUUUGAUUUCUCA